AAUUGCUUGAAGUUGCUGCCACCGCGUUAUCUGUUUUUUUCUAGUCUAAACUGUUUAGUACUUGACGAUUCAACAUGGACGUUGGACUUGAUGAAUUAAUAAAAAACAAGUGGAAAACAGGAUUGCCUGGAAGAAGGAAUCGAGGUGCAUCACGUCCUCGUGGUGGAAAGAAAGAUCGUAGUAGAAGAAUGCUCUCAAACGGAGGAGUACGUGGAAAAGCUGCAGUAAUAGAUGCCAGAGCAAAGAUUAACGCUAGAAAAAGGGGUGCUGUGAGAGAUGCUCGUGAAAAACUAAAUGCCCUUCAGAGACAAAAGGAUGCUAGGUUAAGGAUAAAUUCAUUGAGUACUCCUAGAUUAGGAGCUGGAGGAAGAGUUGCUGAUUUUAUGCCAGGUCGAACCAUAAACAAUGCUAGUAGGCAGUUAAGCCGAGCCACAAUGGAUUCUUAUCCAUAUCCAACUGCUGCCAGAAGAAACACAAGACCUUACAGUAGAGGAGCCACUAAUGACAACCUUAUGGAUGUUGAUCGCAGGUCUUGGGACCCAGCAAGCCUCCCCCAACUGGAAGUGCUUCUUAUUCGGCCUAACUCUGCUCCUUAUACCAGUCGACCUAGAGAAUUAAGAACUAAUAAAGAAGAUAGUUGGCUGAGACCUUCUCCUGCUAUAAGGAGAGCUGAAGAGAGUAUUAAGUCGAGGUUGGAACCACUUCGACAAGAGGAAGGUUAUAGGAUUGUUGUAUCCAAUUUACAGCCAACUGUCACACAUGAGGAUAUAAAGGAAUUAUUCGAGGACAUUGGACCACUGAUAGGCUCACGAGUUGUCCGUCCAGGCACUGCUGAGGUUGUUUACAGAGACUUAAAAGAUGCUAUUGCUGCAGUCGACGCUUAUCAUAACAGACAAUUGGAUGGGCAACCGAUGAAAUGUCUGCUUGUGAAACCAAGCUCUUCUUCGAACAAAGCAAUGGUUGGUACAAAAGGGAUGGUGGUACCAGAUAUUAGCACUAUCCACAAAGCAUUAUUCAUGAAGUGAAGCGGAUGCUAUUUGAGAUAAAUAUAUUUUAGGAACCAAAAAUCCUGGUCUUCUAACUUCAUGAAGAUUUCUUAUAAUCAAUGAUUUCAUAAGAAAAUAAGAUUUUUAUUAUUAGAAAAAAAGCACUGUUUAUUUAAUAUUUUGUAUAGGGGAAUCAUGUAAUUAAUCAUCUUGUUAACUAAUAACAGUGUAAUAAUUGAAUUAUAAAUAAAUUUAUUAUAUGUACUUUUCAA